GUCUUGCCAUGCGGGGUCGAUUGGUGUUGCGGCGUAGGUGUUUGAUUGUUUGAUCGUGCGGGGGAGGGUGUGUGUGUGUGUGUGUGCAGCAGGUGGUGAUCACGCGCGAGCGGGUGGGGGGUGGAUGGGAGCUCAGGCAAUGUCGUCGCACCACGGCGGGAGCGGGGGCGUGUCGAGGCAGGGGUCGCUGUGCGGCCUCGCGCUGAGCGAGGUGGAGGGGCAGCUGCACGGGGUGAACCUCGAUGACCUCACCCGCACGGGUGGGGCGGGGGCGGGGAGGAGGACGGUGGACGAGGUGUGGCGGGACAUACAGGGCACGACGGGCAACGGCUUCCUGCGGCCGGCGGCGGGGUCUGCGGGGCAGAUGACGCUCGAGGACUUCCUCUCCAGGACCGGCGCCGUGGCACCCGACGACGCGGACUCGGGGACGGGGAGCGGUGGGUGCGCCGUCGACGGCGCGCGCUGGGGGCACCCGCACCACCACCACGUCGGGCGCCCCGUGCCACGGCCGCUUGGCGUGGGCACCGGCCCGGUGCUGGACGCGCUGUACCAUGACGGCACGGUGUCCGGGCGGAAGCGCGCCCCAGCCGCCGCGGCUGCAGGCGAGGGCGCCGCCGCGGAGAAGACGGUGGAGCGGCGGAAGAAGCGGAUGAUCAAGAACCGCGAGUCGGCGGCGAGGUCGCGCGCCAGGAAGCAGGCAUACACGAACGAGCUGGAGAACAAAAUCUCGCGGCUUGAGGAGGAGAACAAGCGGCUCAGGAUGCACAAGGCCCAUGUCACGAAAUCUGAAGACAGCAUGUACUACUCUGUGUUUCUGCAAGUGGCAACUUCUCCGAAAGGCGAGAUUUAUGCCCUACUUUGCAUUCUGGGAGUAUGAGACGCUUGCCUCAU